UAAUUUCAAUUUACCCCCACUACACCAUAGCAAGCAGAGAAAGUAAUAGCGUUUUAGGGGUUCUCUCAUCUCUGUUCUGUUUCUUCUUCGAAUUCAUCAUCCACUGAUCGGUUCAGCUCUCGAAGGAGAAGGAGCCAUUACAAUUCAAACCGCGAUGCCUCGCUAUUACUGUGACUACUGCGAUACCUACUUGACCCACGAUUCUCCAUCUGUAAGAAAGCAACAUAAUUCAGGUUACAAACACAAGGCAAAUGUGAGGCAAUACUACCUGCAAUUUGAAGAGCAACAAACCCAAAGUUUAAUUGAUCAAAGGAUUAAGGAACAUCUCGGGCAAGCUGCAGCAUUUCAGCAAGUUGGUGUAGCUUUUAAUCCCAUGAUGGCUCAAAGGCCUUCUAUGCCCAUCUUGCCACCACCAAGGUUGCCAAUUCCUGGAAGUGUUCCAGGCUUUGGUGGACAACAACUUUUCCCAGGGAUGAGACCUAUGAUGAUGCCUAGGCCAGGUCCUAUUGCACCAGGAGGAUAUUAUUCUGCACCUGGCAUGCCACCAACUUUACCUCCACCUGGUGCUCCCUUAGUACCUGGUCAAACAAAUACCCUUCCUAGGCCGCCGACACUACCUCCACCACCGAUGGUUCCUGGAAACACUGCAGCACCAGCCUCCAAUGGUGCUCCCCCCAUGGUUUCAUCAGCAACAUAUCCAGCCAAUUCAUCAGCACCGUCAACCGGAGGCUAUGAAAGUUACAAUGCCAACGCUCAACCACCAUCAACCGGAGGCUAUGAAAGUUACAAUGCCAACACUCAACCACCUGAGGGAAAUAACUAACCUGGUCAGCCAUAAUGCUAUUUUGUAUGGAAGUACCUAAUACAGUACUUAUUCUUGCUGUUUCCUAUGGUAAUUGGCAGAGGGAGUUAGUUAUUUACAUAGAUUCUCACAUUGACUGCAAGUUUUAUAUCUGCCAUGGCCCAUGGGAGUUCUGAUUAUAUCUUUUUAUGCUCUUCUUAUCAGCAAUUGAUCAAUUGGGGGACCCUUAUUUGCCAUCUUGUAUUUGUAGCAACAUUAUUUUAAGAUUUUUGGAAUGUAGUUUCUCAAGCGGCAUGGAUGUGAGGAAAAGUUGUACGGAUUACUAUUCCUGAGUGAAAGAAUUUUUAGUUGCCUAGAA